AUGAACGUCGAUGAUUUCCGGACUGUGAUCCCGUCACCAGUGUAUGUCGCGACGAGGGGUGAGAGGAGUGGCAUAAAUGUUGCGGUAAGGGCACUAGCCCCUGUAACAGACGUGGUGUUUGACAUGGAGGAGCAAUUUGCCGUUGUAUGCCAGCGGCGCCGCUUCUCUACCUACGCAAUUAGCAGUUGGAUGGAGAGUUUAGAUGUACCUUCCAUUCCUGGUGCUGCAGUCCCUCUAGUUUCAGUUGAGCCGCAAGGCUUCUCGAGUCUCGGGUUUGCCCUCUCAGCGUUGCAAUUUUUGUCAUCUUCACUUCAUGUUAUUGCCGGUUACCAUAGAGCCCCAGUGGUGGAUAUCUUUGACUUGGAGAAUGUUGACGAGGAGACGAGUGAGCCCCAGCAGCGGUUCAACCUGACGGAUGUGAAGGAAAACGGAAACGUUGAGGAUGGUUCAAGCGCCUACGCAAACGAUGUUAUGCCAAUGGACAGAUACGUUAGUUUGGGGGCGCUGUCAUCAGGGUUGUCCGUGUGGUUAGACAGUCGUAGCGGAAAGGCGGAGGCAUGUACUGGAGUCUUAACGCGCCAAUACACUAUUGGGGCCCACAACCGCCAUACGGGCCGCCGUGAUCCACUCGCAUGCGUAACCUCCUUGUGCCAAGGCAACCCUGCGAACAUACUUCUAGGAACGGAGGCUGGAGCGUUGCAGCUGUGGGACGUGCGUUGCGCCAGAGAGUGCGUGGCCCAACAUAUGACAUCGGCGUCAAUCUGUCGCCUCCAUCCAUCGUACUCAUAUCCCCUGCGCAACGUUGUGUGGCUUAACACGUUAGCGGGCUGCGUGGAAGCUGUAAGCGUUGGACAGAGCGACAUGGAGCUGUUGGCACGACGUCUGUGCCCGGACUUCCAGCGUUCAUCCUCAACGUUUCAUUUACCGCCACCACGUCUCUCCUUCAUGGAGUCCUCUGGGGUUGUGGCUUGUCCACACAUAUCUUCCGGCAAACUGUUGCUUUAUGAUGGGAGUUCCUUGGUAAAACAGCCGAACAACUCUCGCACACAGUUAUCUUCAUAUAAUAGAGGUGUGGAUGGAAAGGACAACGAGUAUGAAAACGGGCAUUGUAGCAAUUUUGGUGGUUUUCUUCGGGAGGCAUCCUCUUCCAGUGAGGAAAGUGGAGAGCGUGAAAUUCCGCUGCUGAAUGCUCUGCCCUCUGAGGCUAAUGCGCUCGUGACUGCAUGCACCGUGUGGAGCAACCGCGAUAUGUUCGUGCUUGGGGAUGAAACAGGCCGAGUGCAGCUCCUGUAA